AUGGGAGAACUGGUCUCUUCGCUUCCAGAUCAAACUUAUCCAUGUCUCAAUCUCAAUGACCACACACUCGACGAAAAUCUACCUGUUUCAGAACAUUACCCCCUACAGAGCAACCGCACCCAACCUGUUGCACGAGCUGGCACUUUGGAUUCUUUGCCCCUGGAGCUGAUUCACAAGAUUCUAUGUCAACUUGAUGUACGCACACUAUCGGAUUUCAGGGCCACAAAUAGACGAGCUACGGAGCUGGUCGACACUCUUCCGCAAUACAAAGCUAUUAUUACACACGCACGUAAUGCCCUGCGUGGCAUUCUAAGCAUUCAAACUGGCAGAUGGAUUACUUGCAGAACCUUGUAUCAGAAACUGUGCACUCCCCAAUGUGAGCAUUGUGGAGAUUUUGCCGGCUAUCUGUAUCUUCUGACCUGCAAACGAGUUUGCUUUUUGUGCUUCACGAAGAAUGAUCUCUACCUACCCCUGCCACCAGGACGUGCUUGCCGCAAGUUUGGCCUAACCCGCCAGAUAGUCCAAACCCUACCUUUGAUGACGGUCAUACCAGGCAUAUAUUCACCAAAUGAAAAGAAGGCGCCUAAACGUGUCCUUGUCGACUAUGAAGCCUCGCUCUAUGCUGGUAUUAAGCUUCACGGCUCGCGCAAUGCAAUGAACCAGUAUAUCGCCGACAGGGAAGCGGAACUCGCAACAAGACAAUCCACCUCUACAGGACGCCGCCGCCGGGUGCCUGUAGCAGACCAUUUUGACGGGGAGUCUGGGAAUCCCUUUCGAUUCGUGGCAAUCUCUUUUGUACCCCAGUUGGUGAAAACUUCUCGCGACGUAGAACGAGGUUUUCAUUGCGCUGGCUGCAGGAAAUCCAUGGAUCUACCAAGUCACUGCCGGCGGAAAUUCACGACUGCCUCAUUCGAGGCACACUUGAAACAAUUUGGACGAAUAAAGCAUGAAAACCACCACUUGGAUUGA